AUGUCUAGAAAUCGACGUGCUCCAAAGCCGAGUACACCGAGGAUUCCAAAUACACCGAGGGUUCCAAAUACACCAAGGGCGCCGAACACACAGAGGGAGCAACUGGAGCCGUCGAGCGUCGCCAAACGCCCUCGCACACCCAUGACAUGGAAGCGUUGGAACCACCGACGGGACCGCCAGGUGCUUCUGGCUAUAUUUGCCCAGACCAACAUGAAGGUUCCCAACUUCAAAGAGCUUUCGGAGAUUCUGGGAGGGGAGGAAUAUUCCGUGGAUAUGCUAAGACGACGCUUCAUAUACCUGUGUGAGAUGGCAGAAGAGUACCGCGAAGAACGCCAGGAGGUAGCCGCAGAGAUGGGCAAUAUGAGCCCCAAGAUUGAAAGUGACGAAGACGACGACCAGUUAGAUGACGAUGAAUUUGAGGAUGAUGUCGUUAUCGUUGGCGAGACAGCAUCCCCACAGGCGGAUACGCCGUUGCCCUCAAAACCCAAACCCAAACCGGAACCCCCUUGGCCGACCAAAUCGGACAGCACGACAACCGCCCAUUACCCCAACGGGGCCUUCUCGGUUUACGCAAAAUGCACAAGUCAGGGGUCCAACCCAGCCGCCGCAAGGGCGGCAACGGAAUAA